AUGAAGCUGACCGCCCUGCUGCUGCUGCUCGGGCACAGCGCGCUCUGGACAGUGCAAGAGGCCUCCCCGCUGGGCGCGGCCGGCUCCCUGCCCCAGAGCUUCCUGCUUAAGUGCUUGGAACAAGUGAGGAAGAUCCAGGUGGAUGGGGCCUUGCUGCAGGAGAAGUUGUGUACCACCCACAAGCUGUGCCACCCUGAGGAGCUCCUGCUGCUGGGACACUCUCUGGGCAUCUCGCAGGCUCCCCUGGGCAGCUGCUCCAGCCAGGACCUGGAGGUGACAAGCUGCCUGAGCCAGCUCCACAGUGGCCUCCUCCUCUACCAGCACCUCCUGCAGGCCCUGGCUGGGAUUUCUCCCGAGGUCUCCCCCACCCUGGACCUGCUGAAGCUGGACAUAGUCGACUUUGCGGCCUACAUCUGGCAGCAGAUGGAAGACCUGGCCAUGGCCCCCAGCAGGCAGCCCUCCCGGAACCCCACGCCGACCUUCUCCUCUGCCUUCCAGCGCCGGGCCGGUGGUGUGCUGGUGGCCUCCAACCUGCGGAGCUUCCUGGAGCUGGCGUACCGGGCUCUGCGCUACCUUGCCUCGCCCUGA